UGACUCUAAUGACAAAUACAGAUGGAGUAUCUGAAAAGAGUCUCACAACAGUUUACCUGGGUUUCCUACAAUUCAAUUGAUCCAGAUUGGUGUAGUUGUCAAUUAAUUGAUCACACAUAUCUGCAUAAAUGGUGCGAAAAGUUGGAAAAGUUGAUACAACAAUACUGAAGAUUUUACUCACGGACGGAUUGUUUUUAUAUUUUUUAACUGGUGAAGAGAAUUCGUAAGAGAACGAACAUGUUAAACCAAGCUGUAGUCGAGGCUUUAUAUUCAGCAACUUACAUUGAGAAUUAUUUGGACUGUGUGGAGAAUUUGCCAAACGAUCUACAAAGACACGUUUCCCGGCUUCGAGAACUCGACGCCACUUGUCAAACAUAUCUAAGGGAAGUAGAUCAACAGCAGGAAGCAUUAAAGAAUGACACAGACUUGACUGCCAGAAGGAGAGCAUUGUUAAGAGUACAACAAGCAUUAAUUGCUGCAAAAGAAAUAGGAGAUGAAAAGUUACAAAUUGUGCAACAAGUACAAGAUCUCAUAGAGAACAAAUCCAGACAAUUGGAUUUAGAUUAUCGAAAUCUUGAUUUUGGAAAAGAACAAGAGAGUAGCGAAUCGACACGUGAAACAAAUGCUAAUGUUAAUUCCAACUCUUCUGGCAAUGCUAAUAAUUCGGAGAGACAAACUAAGAGAGCUAGAAGAACAAGAACAGAAACAUUGGUAGAAUCUUCAAAUGCAAUGGACAUGAUUACAAUGGCUGAAACACGUUCGAACUCUUUGUCCAAUGCAAAUAAUGGCAAUCAAAAGAAGACAAAUACUACUAAUGCUGGGAAGAAAAAGAAAAGAAAAUCUAAACAGGGUAAUCAGCAAAAUCAGCAUCGUGAAGAUACUCCACCACCACCAGAGGAUGAUCUUGCAAUUGAUCCAGAUGAGCCAACAUAUUGUCUUUGUGAUCAAAUAUCAUACGGUGAAAUGAUAUUAUGUGAUAACGACCUGUGUCCUAUAGAAUGGUUCCAUUUCUCAUGUGUCUCGUUAAGUACUAAACCUAAAGGUAAAUGGUUUUGUCCGAAAUGUAGAGGAGACAGACCGAAUGUCAUGAAGCCCAAAGCACAAUUUCUGAAAGAAUUAGAAAGGUAUAAUAAGGAAAAAGAAGAGAAAUCGUAGCAGGAAAAAGUUGGUGAGCAAUUUAAACUUUGGAAGACUUAAUUAAAGCUAAAGAAAACUUUAAGCGGUACAUUAUAAUUUUAAGUACAAUUUUAAUGUCUUAUGAAAUAUAUUGUUUAACUUCCGGUAAUUAAGGAAAGAAAUAAUAGUCUUAUGAUAAAAUGGCUGAACUUGUUUGGUUCCUUAAGUAUUUUAAUAUAUAAAUAUGUGUGUGAACUAUCGAAUAAUUAUUCACAGUAGAAGAUAAAUUAUAUUUGUAUAAUACUCUCUAUUGUAAAUAUCGUGACUGAAUUUAUCGAAUAAGAGUGAAACAAGUAUCUUUUGAUUACUGCUGCACAUAUUUUAAAAUUCAUUUAAAUUUUGUUGAGAGUUUAAAGAACUUCCUUAGCCUGUACAUGUUUUAAAAGAAUUAGAUUUUGCAAUUGACUAUUGUAUACAUUCAAAUUUUCAAACAUAAUAGCAGUAUUAAAGAACAGAAAUAAUAUUUUGUAGUGUAAAUUGUCAUAAAUAAAAUAGAUUAAUUUUAAGACUAAUAAUUUUUUAAAUCUGUACAACUGUAAUGCAUAUGAUUUUAUUACAGAAUUAUUACUAUAUCAAUACGCGUUAAGUAACAUUGGUAGAAUUCUAUUGUAUUAUUUGUAAAAUGUAUAAUUGUAUAGAAAAUAUAGUUACAGAUUCACUGUAAGUGAUUAUCAUGUAUUUGAUAUAAAACAUACAUAAUGUGUAUAAAUGAAAGUUACUGAAUCUCUGUGCAACACUCGAAUAUUUAAUUUCAUUUUAUGUACAUUCUCUUUUAUCAAUGAAAAAAUUUAUUUUGUAUAUAGAAAAGUGUAUUUUUAAAAAUACAAAUUCUAAUCCGUACAUAUAAUAUAUACUGUGUUUGACAAGCUAUUCUUUUGUAGCCGAAUUUAAACUUAAACUGUAUAUAAAACUGAAUUGUUUUAUAAAAGCAAUUUGAGUUUUGCACAGUUGUAAGAAAAUUUUUUAUGAAACAUGUUUUUAAGAAAUAAAUUUAAUGUUUUCAUUAAUCUUAUUGCUUGUUAUGAUGUCAUAGAUUUUGAUUUUU